AUGACUAAAACUUCCUUUAAUAUCGUCAUCUGCGGUGGUGGACUCGGUGGUAUUGCUGCUGCUAUUGGUUUAAAAAGAAAAGGUCACAACGUUACUGUUCUUGAAGGUUCAUCUGCUUUAAAUGAAGUUGGUGCCGGUAUUCAAAUGCCUCCAAACAGUAUCAAGAUUCUUACUGAAUAUGGUAUCUUUGAUAGAUUCUUACCUUUCGUUACUAGACCAAAAAAUAUUAUUCUUAGAAGAUUUGACACUGGUGUUCCACUUUCUACUACUCCAUUAGACCCAGAUAUGACUGACAGUUAUGGUUUCCCAUAUUUAUUAAUCCACAGAGCUGAUUAUCAAAGAUUAUUAUUUGAAGCUGCUACUGAUAUUGGUAUUACUUAUAAAUUAAAUGCAAGAGUCGACAGAGUCGAUGACAAAACUACCACUGUUCAUCUUACUGAUGGAACUUCAUACACUGCUGAUUUAAUUAUUGGUGCCGAUGGUAUUCGUUCAAAAGUCAGAGAUACUGCUGUUGUUACUGAUGAAACUGUCUUACCACUUCCAUCUUCUAACUGUGCUUUCAGAGCCACUGUUUCAAGAGAAGAUAUGUUAGCUGAUCCUGCUCUUGCCCACCUUAUGUCAGAUGUUAACUCCAAUUGUUGGAUUGGUUACAGAAGACACGUUAUGGCUUACCCAAUUAGAAAUGGUGAAAUGUAUAACAUUGUUAUGUCUCAUCCAGGUCAAGCUUCUGUUGGUAAAUGGAAUGAACCAGGUAGCGUUGAAGAAAUGAGAAACCAUUAUAAAAAUUUUGAUCCAAUCGUUAAACAAUUACUUACUCAUGUUAAAACUGUCUUAAAAUGGGUUCUUGCUGAUUUACCAAUGUUACCAAAAUGGGUCAGUGAAAACGGUCAUGUUGUCUUGAUUGGUGAUGCAGCUCAUGCUAUGUUACCAUACUUAGCUCAAGGUGCUGCUCAAGCCAUUGAAGAUGGUGCCACAUUAGCUGAAUUAUUAGACCAAGCUACUACUAAUGCCGAUAUCCCAGCCCUUCUUCACACCUUCCAAAAGAGAAGAAAGAGAAGAACUGAAACUAUUCAAGCCGGUGCUAGAAAGAAUGGUCAUAUCUGGCAUUUACCAGAUGGUGAAGAGCAAGAAGAAAGAGAUGCUCUUAUGCAAGCUAGAGAUGGUCACAACCCUGAUCAAUGGUCUGAUACUGAAUUCCAAAGAUGGUUAUUUGGAUGGAAUGCUUUCACUGAUUAG